AUGAUAAGUAGUUUUUUAAAAAAGUCAGAAAAAGAAUAUACAGAAGAAGAGAUUAAAAUUGAAUCAAGGUUAUUACAUAAGAAUGUAAAGGAAGGAAAUGUUAAACAAGUGAAGAAACUUUUAGGUAAAAAGGGUAAAUUAAUUAUAAAUACCGUCGAUGAUUUGGAUCAAUCAUCAUUGAUGAUAGCAGCAAGAAACAAUAAUUUGGAAAUGUUUGAAUUGGUAUUAUCACAUUAUAAAAUUUGUAAGGUAGAUAUAAAUAUACCAGACAAGAAUGGGUAUACAUGUUUACAUCAUUUCCUCUCGAUGACCGAUAUUGAUAUACGUAUGAUUUACAUUCUAUUGGAAUGUGAAGAUAUUCAUGUCAAUGUGAACAAUCGUGAUUUGAAUACACCAUUUCAUUAUUUCUGUCAAAAGUUUCGUGCACAAAAUAAUGGUCAAUUAAAGGAGGUUUUCGAUAUACUCAUUAAAAAAGGUGUGAAUGUCAAUGCCAUCAAUAAGAAUGGUGAAUCACCACUCCACAAAGCAAUUUUCAAUACUACAGUGGCUCAAGGUAUGAUUACAUUACUCUUGGAGAAUAAAUCCAAUGUGAAUAUAGUCAAUAAGAAUGGUGAGUCACCACUUCACUAUUGCGUUAGAAUGGGUCGUGCCGAUUUGGUUUCCAUACUUCUUCAAUAUGGCGCCGAUCGUAGUGCCGUCGCCAAAGAUAAUAAACCACUCUAUCAAAUUGCAAUCGAUGAAAACUUUACAAAGUUAGCCGAUCUUCUUAGAGAGGGUGGUGAUAUGUCAAAGAUUUCCGAUGGUGCCUCCACUGAACUUUUAUCUCUUCUUCAAAAUCCAACACUUCGUGAAGACUUUAGGAAGUUUUUAAGAGAAGAAUUAAUCUGUGAAGAGAAUAUAAACUUUUAUACUGACGUUGAAGCUUACAAAUACUUAAAGGUUGAUUACAAUAGAUUACUCAAAGAAUUCUAUAGAAUAUAUGAAAAAUACAUUAUCGAUGAUUCACCUUGUGAAAUUAAUGUUCCCUACUCUAUAAAGUAUAAUAUUUUAAAUUUUAAGAAAACACUACCUUCCGUUGAAUUAUUAAGUGGUGGUAGUAGUAUGAGUCUAGAUAAAAUUCAUUCAAGUCAAAGUAAUAAUAGUAUUUGUAGUAGCAAUAGUAAUGAAAACAUUUGUAAUAGUAAUAAUAAUAGUAGUUUAAGUAUUGGUAAUGGUAAUAAUAGUGGAAGUACUUUUAGUAGUAAUAAUAGUUUAGGUAGUGGUAUAAGUAGUGCCAAUUCUUCUUUUUGUUUACCAAAUAAUUCACCCUCUCCUUCUUCUAUGACUGUAACUGUAACUGAUACUGAUAAUUUAAAUAAUAAUAAUACCAAUAAUAACAAUAAUAUUAAUAAUAAUAAUAAUAAUAAUAAUAAUAAUAAUAAUAAUAAUAAUAAUAAUAAUAAUAAUAAUAAUAAUAAUAAUAAUAGUCAACAAUCAUCACCCUCUUCAUCAACUCCAUCUUCACCAAUUAUUUCUGGUAAUAAUUUGGAUGUUGAAAAACUUCAAUCAAUUUUUAAUAUUGCUCAACAUCACAUUUUUAAUUUAAUGGCAAGUGAUUCUCUUGCAAAAUAUAAAAAAAAAUCAUUUUUAAAUAAAUAA